UUUCUGCGUCCGCCGCGUCCAAUUUCACCGCUCAACGCCUCCGGAACCCUCAUAUCCACUUACCGCGGACUUCUAAACUUCACCUACUCGCUGGAUCUCGCGGCCAUUUUUUUGCAGCAAUGUCUGCAUGUUGUAACAAACUCGCCGUCUUGGGCUUGACUUUCUUUGGGCUGCUGCUGGGUCUUGCGAGAGCAGAGAUAAAGAUUGGGAACACCACCAUUGAUAGGACAGUGCAAUUGCGCACGCACUCAUUAUACGCUCCUUAUAUUGACCAAGACCUGCAAAACCGAUGGUGGGAUUUUGGCGGAGAUGCAUACAUCAACACCAACAAGCACGUUCGGUUAACGCGCAUGGAGCCUUCCGAGAUGGGCUGGCUAUGGUCACGACUCCCCCUUACCGCCUCGAACUUCGUCAUUGAGGUCGAGUUUAAGAUCGGUGGCUCCAAGUCACAUUUGUAUGGCGACGGCAUUGGUGUCUGGGUCACCAAGGAGCGCGCGGUGGAGGGUCCGAUAUUUGGCAACGGGGACCGCUUCGAAGGACUGGGUGUCAUGCUCGACACGUACGCCAACUCCCGGCACUCGUACGCCUUCCCACGCGUCUCGGGCGUCAUCCUCGACGGAAAGACACCCUACGACUACGCCAACGACGGUGAUAGCCAGUCGAUCGGUGGCUGCUCAGCAAAUUACCGCCGCGCCAAGGUCGCUACCAAGCUCAAGAUCACGUACGUGAAGGAGAAACUGCUCGACGUGAAGAUCCAGUACAAGGGCUGGGACGAGUGGACGGACUGCUUCCAGGUGCAGAACGUCAAGCUGCCGACCGCGCCCUACAUCGGGUUCACCGCCAUGACCGGCGACGUCGCCGACGCGCACGACAUCAUCUCCGUCACCUCCUACUCCGCCGUCCUCUCCAGCCCGAACAGCUCGCGCGACCGCCUUGGCAAGCCGCGCCUGCCGAACCUCAACAAGAAGGGCACCUGGACGGGCCUCUUCUUCAAGGCCUUCCUCGCUGCGGGCGUCUGCGUCGGCGCGUGGUACGGGUACAAGCAGUACAAGCGCAAGCAGCGGUACACGGGCUUCGGCUCUGGCUUUGGCCCGGGUGUGCUGGGGGGCAAGAGCGGGCCGUUUGGCGGGCUUUAUGGCGACGCGAAGCGGUUCUGAGGCUGCGUAUAUGGCGUAUAUAGUAUUUAUGGGCGUUCGCAAUGCUUUCCUGUGCGCGGUG